GGGCACCCUGCUGCUGCUGCUGCUACUGUGGUCCUAGAGCAGGUGACAAGGAGGCUGCAUGUGGAGGACACUGGCACCUCCCCAAAACUUCUCUGCUGCCAGCCCUCAAUGUUUGGGGUCCAGGACACUUUAGGAAGAAAAGGAUCUGCCCUGAGAGACAAAGCCCUUGAAGCUGGGAUGGAUCCUGUCAGGUCCUGGGUGAGGAAUGUUGGAGUUGUGGAUGCCAAGGUGGCAGCUCAGAGUGGGGUCGCCGUGUCCCGGGCACAUUUUGAGAAGCAACCUCCUUCCAACUUACGGAAAUCCAACUUCUUCCACUUUGUGCUGGCGCUGUAUGACCGGCAGGGGCAGCCCAUAGAGAUCGAGCGCACCACCUUCCUGGACUUUGUGGAGAAUGAUAAGGAACUGAGCAAUGAGAAAACCAAUAAUGGCACCCAUUACCGGCUGCAACUCCUCUAUAGUAACGGUGUCCGAACGGAACAAGACCUAUUUGUGAGGCUAAUUGAUUCAGUGACAAAACAGCCUAUAGCAUACGAAGGACAGAAUAAGAAUCCAGAGAUGUGCCGGGUUCUACUCACUCAUGAGGUCAUGUGCAGUCGCUGUUGUGAGAAGAAAAGCUGCGGUAACCGGAACGAGACCCCAUCUGACCCCGUCAUCAUUGACAGGUUCUUCCUCAAGUUCUUUUUGAAAUGCAACCAGAACUGCCUAAAGACAGCAGGAAACCCACGGGACAUGAGACGGUUCCAGGUUGUCCUCUCCACCACCGUGAACGUAGAUGGACAUGUCCUGGCCGUGUCAGAUAAUAUGUUCGUCCAUAACAACUCAAAGCAUGGGAGGCGGGCAAGACGGCUAGAUCCUACCGAAGGUACGGACCCUUGUCUGGAGUACGCCACACCAUGCAUCAAAGCCAUUAGUCCUAGUGAGGGUUGGACUACCGGAGGUGCUAUGGUCAUCAUCAUUGGAGAUAACUUCUUUGACGGUCUUCAAGUAGUGUUUGGGACUAUGCUGGUUUGGAGUGAGCUCAUCACUCCACAUGCCAUCCGGGUCCAGACACCUCCACGGCACAUCCCAGGUGUGGUAGAGGUGACAUUAUCGUACAAAUCCAAACAAUUCUGCAAAGGAGCCCCGGGGAGGUUUAUUUACACAGCAUUAAACGAGCCUACGAUUGAUUAUGGUUUCCAGAGGUUACAAAAGGUGAUCCCCAGACAUCCUGGAGACCCAGAGAGGCUGGCCAAGGAAAUGCUACUUAAAAGAGCAGCAGAUUUGGUGGAGGCUUUGUAUGGAAACCCACAUAAUAAUCAGGAUAUAAUUCUCAAAAGAGCGGCGGACAUUGCUGAGGCUUUAUAUAGUGUCCCACGCAACCACAAUCAAAUUCCUGCCCUUUCCAGCUCUCCUGUGCACAGUGGCAUGAUGGGAAUUAAUUCCUAUGGGGGACAGCUAGGAAUCUCAAUUUCAGAAACACAGGCCAAUAAUCAGGGUUACAUACGGAAUACAAGCAGUAUCUCCCCACGUGGCUACUCAACCAGUUCCACCCCACAACAAUCUAACUACAGCACCCCCAACAACAGCAUGAAUGGAUACAGCAAUGUCCCAAUGUCUAACCUGGGGGUCCCCGGGUCUCCAGGCUUCAUCAAUGGCUCACCUACUACGUCACCCUAUGGCAUCAUGCCGUCCAGCCCACCCGUGGGGUCUUCUGGAAGCUCGUCUAUCCUGCCUUUCUCCUCCUCCGUCUUCCCUUCCAUGAAACAGAAGAGUGCCUUCGCCCCAGUUAUCCGACCGCAGGGUUCUCCAUCUCCAGCAUGUUCUAGUGGAAACGGUAAUGGUUUCAGAGCUAUGACCGGCCUAGUCGUCCCACCUAUGUGAGGAAACAUUGGACUGUUUGUAUAUUUCUGAGAAGCAGAGGAACAGCAUGAAGACAUUGCGUGUUGUGGUCCACAUCCAAGGUGGGAUAAAA